UUCAGGUGUCAGCUGUUUGUCGGUAAUGUCGGUCUUGUUUUGUGAACGACGAAGAUAAAAAAAAUAAAUAUUCAGAUAUUUGGAUUCCAUACGCCGUGUCGUGCUAAAUUAUUAGUGUUCUGUGUAUAACUAAUCCAUUUGAAGCAAAGUGUGUUAUUUCCUAAGCUAUAAUAGUGAUAUCUUCUAGGGAACAUAAAAAAUUGUUGAAUUUAAAUAGCUACAUGCAGAUAUGGCCUCUCAGCAAGACCACGAAGAUGAUUCGUUCAUCAUUCUGGGCACCUCACCGGGUACGAGUUUGGAUCUCAAGUGCGACAUUGUGAAUGGACAGCCAUUGGAUAAAAAUCAAAUCGAGGAUGCUAUGAAAGAUAUGUCCACCGAAGCUAAUAUGGCUCUGAAGGCACACUUCAAGUUGGGGGAUAGUCCUUCACCAGCCAGUUUGAUGGUGGCGAGCACAAUGAUCACAGAUGAUAAAAGCCUAGAGGAACUACAGAAGCGGUUCGGCGAGCUUCUAGACGAGAAUAUCAUCCUGAAAGAGACGUUGAAACAGAACAACGACUCCUUAAAGGAGCAGUUCCUGCUCAUAGCUUCAUGUCAAGAGGACAUGAUGAAUACACACAAAUUGCAUAAAGAGAAGUUUGAGGAAACUAAGGGAUUGGUUGAAAAGCUUCGACAAGAAAACAAGCAGCUGAAGUUGGACGUGGUCCGCCUCGCGGAGUCUGGCAGCUCCAGCGGCGUGAAGUCGGGCCAGAGUUCCAUGCUGGAGUUCGUGACGUCACCGGACGACGACACCAUCAACAAGUUGACGGAUCAGUUGGAGCUGGUCGAGAAGCAGAGGAGACAGGUGAUAGUGGACAAUGAGAAGCUGACGUGGCAGAAGGAGUCCCUGGAACACAUAGUAGACGUCACGUCCAAGGAAAGAGACGAGCUGAGAGAGAAAUUGCACCAAACAGAGUUGUUGCUGUCAAACAAAGAGACGGAAAGCAGUCUGAAGCAGUCAAUAUUACAAGACACAGUGAAGGACUUACAAAACCAAAUUAUGACGGCGAGUAGUAUGUCAAGCGUUUCAUCAGAGGAGAUGGUCAAGCGCGAGUCGACGAUCCGCCAGCUCGAGACCAAAGUGUCGAUGUUACAGAACGAGCUUAAAGCUGCGCAGUUGAAAAUUCUGGAGUUCGAGAAUGUUAAGUUGGAGUACACAAGGCAGAAAUCUGGGUUGUCGGAGACUGUCAAAAUGUAUAAAGAUCAAAUUCAAGAGCUUAAAGCGAAGUUGAAGGAAGCUCAAACAGUUGUGUUCCAACCAGUCCGCGUGUCCGUCAGUCCGGAAUCAGACAAAUCUUCAGAACAGAUUAACUGCACCAACAAUGUGAAGCUUUACGACAAGACCUUGAAACAUUUGUCCGAACAACUCAAUGGAGUUACACACGGGCUGGCGGACAAUCUAGUGGAACUCUUGGGCGUGAUAGCCAGUUUGUAUGACUUCAAGUUGGAGAGGGCCACAGUGGAACAGUUCAAAGCCGGACUGGCCAAUGUCAAGACUCAGCUUGAGAAACAGCACAGUGCUGCCCUCGCCAAUAUCGGCCAUGUCAGAGGUACCCUAUCAAUAUUCGAAGGCAUAUUCAAGGACUAUAAAGAACUGCUAAAAUCGAAGGAUACACCACAAGAAGCUCAGUCAGUGCAAGCGCUGACGGCGGCGCUGCUGGCGCGCGGCCAGGAGGUGCAGGCGCUGCGGGCGGCGCUGGAUGACGUCACGCUGCUCAGGGCACAGAUAGACUCGUACAAGAAUGACUUCGAAGCGGAGAGGGAGUGUCGAGAGAAGAUGGCGUGUGAGAAGGAGUCUCUCCAAGCGGACCUGCGAAACGCACAGAAGAGGAUAAAAGAUCUUACCGACCUGCUACAAGAAGCCCGCAGACAAAUAUCAUUGCAGACGCCUCGAGCCGCCGCCGGAGCCCCGCGCUCGUCCUCAGCCACCAGUAGGACCUCCACUACGGGCGCUGCUAAAACUGUGUACACAUGUCCAAAAUGCAUGAGAUUCAAGAGCCACAACCUUCAAGCGGUGGACGAACACUUGGACUACUGCGUGGGUUCACACAACGACCCCUGCAGCCCCAUGUAGCGUGCGUUCUUAUUUGUUGGUUAACUGUAUGUGAUAUGGAAUGCACUAGUGUGAUAAAAGUAGUCGUUCUUUUUAUUUCUAGUAGUAUUUCUUAUACUAGUAGUAGUGAUUUUUUUCAACAAUCUCGUUCAAUGUUUCAAUAAUAUUCUUCAAUGUUCCUUGCAUAAAUUCUACGAAGUAACAUGGCAUUUGACAAAUGUACUGAUGUUUUAUUAAUGACAAAUAAAAUAGAAGACACGAGCUAGCGUAGCCGAAUGAAACAGAACAUUCCCAUACAACUUCUCGGCCUAUGUUGAGACCCGAGACGUUAGUCGAGGGUCGCAGACAUAGGACUUGUGAAUCGUACAAGUAUCUAUAGUGAUAUAGAAUAUAUGUUUAUACGAGGGCUGCUAUUUAUGUAUCCGGAAUAACAAAAUUAAACAAACAUAUAUUAUUACAUAUGGUUUUAUUGUUUCUCGAAGUAUUCUCCGCGAUGAUCUAUGCACUUCUGCAUACGAUGAAACCAAUUUUCAAAGCACUUUUUCCAUUCUGAUUGAGGUAUGUCCAAAACGUGUGUUUUGAACGCAUCAACGGCCUCUUCGCGGCUCGAUAAACGUUGACCACGUAAUUUAUUUUUAAUGUUUGGAAAUAAAUAAAAAUCAUUGGGUGCCAGGUCGGGGCUGUACGUCGGAUGACCCGACAAUUCAAUCUUUUGACCCUCCAAAAAAUUAUUUGUUUCAGCCGACUUGUGGCAGCUAGCAUUGUCGUGAUGAAGUAUGAUUCUGCGUUGUGGGUUGUUCUUUCGUAUUUUUUCAAAGACUUCUGGCAAACAAAUGGUGGUGUACCAUUCAGAAUUAACCGUCCUACUAUUCUCUAGUGGCACUGUAGCUACAUGUCCGUUGAUACCAAAAAAACAAGCGACCAUUUGCUUUAAAGUGCUUCUCGCACGAACAACUUUUGUUGGAUUCGGUUCAUCUUGAAAGACCCACACCGUUGACUGCUGUUUAGUUUCAGGGUCAUAAGCAUAGUUCCAGGUUUCGUCACCUGUGUAGAUAUUAUAAACAGCUUUUGACGUGCCACGGUUGUAUUUUUUUAUCAUUUUCUUACACCAGUCGACACGAGCCUGUUUUUGAUCUACGCUCAAGUUGUGCGGAAUCCAACGCGAACAAAUUUUUUUAACAAUUAAAUGUUCGUGUAAUAUCGCGUGUAUACUCGUCAUACUAAUGCCCAGAGACGCCUCUAUCUCGCGGUAUGUAACAUGACGAUCUUGCAUUACUAAUUGUCGCACAGCAUCAAUAUUUUGUUGUACCACUACCGAUUUAGGACGACCCUCCUUAAUUUCAUCCGUGAGCAUAGACCGUCCACGUUGAAAUUCCUUAAACCAAUAAUACACAGUGGUUUUCGAUGGUGCUUCAUCUCCAAAAGUUAAAAUCAGUUGUUCGAUGCACUGUUUUUGAGUUAAUCCACGCCGAAAAUCAUAAUAAAUCAUCGCGCGAAAAUGUUCACGAGUUAAAUCCAUGGCAAUGAAGACAAGCUAUUUUCAAAAUUGGCGCCAAUUGAAAAAAACAAAUGACAGGGACAUGAAAAAUAUUUAUUCUCUAGCCGAAGAGUUCUAUUUUCAAAUGUUGUAAUUACUUUUUAAAUAUUCUAGAAUUAUUGGCCAGUUCCGGAUACAUAAAUAGCAGCCUAUGUACAUAGUGAAUUCAAACUCAACACCGGCAUACUACGAUAAUAAAAAUAAUAGAAUGAAAGGUAGAGCUCUGUUCUGUUUCUUCUCGCGUCUUUCCAAUAGGUCUUUCUCUUUCUUGUAUUAGAGAACCGAAAGAUGACUGUGUGUAGUUUUUUCUGUUUACGUACAUGCUGUCUCUUUCUCUCAUCUAAGAGUAUUCCCGGUUUCUUCCUCAGUCAUUGAGCGUCGGAGGCUUUCCUAGUGUUUGCCCCCACUUCGCACGGUGGUUGGUAUAUCUAGUUGUCAGACCAUGUACCAGUUUUAAUGCACACGGUAUCUUAAUUUAUAUGGUAGCUUUUAAAAUAUAUUCACUUCUAUUUGUUAAAAAUAAGUAAAAAAUUAAGAGAUGUCAAAGAAUGUAGUAAACAUUUGUCAAAUUAAAUUACCACGUAAAAUUUCUGAACGAAGGUACAUACGUUUUAUAUUAUUUAAAUAUAGAAUAAAAAUAUCUUUACAUAUACCUAUAUGAAUGGCAGGUAAUCUGAAAAGCUUAACGUAGCUACAGCGCUGGUGUUUUGACAAGGUGACAAACAGGUGUCGAAUAAAUUGAACAUUUUAAAAUUAUUUUUGUAAGUUUCCAAUUUUGAUCACUGGGUAGGGAUCUUGAGUUUGAUACAUUGACCUCCAACUAUACCAGCGCCAUCUACAUUAAUCUUUUCCGAUUAAUUACCAUUGUCAUAGGUAUUUUAAUAUUAGGUGUUUUAAAUUUUGACAUUAUUUAGUUUUUUUAAUAUCUUGCUUUUCUGUACAAAGCGUUAAGGUGUUUCAUUCUUCAAAUGUUUUUAUUCCUUUAUAUUCUGCGCUAUCUUUGUAUAGGUACUAGCUUAGCCCGCGGCUUCGUCCGCUUGGAUUUCCCUUCUAAGAAUAUUUCUUCGAUUUAAAUAUGUCUUCAUAUGUAUUGUCUUCAGUUUCUCGUAACAUAUAGAUGUAUAUUUUAUGUAGGUAUAUACUUAUGUAUGUAUAAAUCAAAAAUGAUAGAUCUUUAACUAAUGACAGCGUGUAUUGUGACAUUAGCCUGAUGUUUGAGAUUAAAGAAACGUAUAGAUUAAAUUCAACUCGUCGUUAUUUUUCAAAAAUAUGUAUAUCUUUUAUCAGUUUUGGUUGAGGGAAUGAAAGAAAUUGCGUUAUCAAACUUGCACCGAGUUUUUAAAAUUUUUCGUUAUUAUUUUUUUUUUGUAUUGUUUCUUUAAAAAGAUAAGAUUUUAGUAACAAAACCAAAUCGCUUUGUAUGUUUUCUGCAUUUUAUUGCUAUCAUAUUGUACUUUUCCAAACAUGAUUUUAAAUAUGUCUGCAUUUUUGUGCCAUUUUGUUUUUUUUUUUGUGAAUAUGUAUCAUAUGAAGCGGAAACAGGCUGUGUUGAAAAUGACAGUCUAACUUAUUGUAUUAUUAUAACGGUUAAGUAUUAAAAGAGAAUCUAAUAUUAUAGUACCAAACUGAAUUCAUUGAAAGUAUUUCAUAGACAUGUUCUGUCCGGAUAAAAGGUAAUGUUAAAUAUAAUAUGUGUUACAUUCACAGUUAUGAUCGAAGCGAAAACACAAAAUAUUAUUAUAUUAGGUUUUGUGCGCGGCUUCGCUCGAGUGAAUUUCCCACGGAAGCAUUUAUUUUUUCGGAUGAAAGGUACCGUUUUCAAACCACUUGUAUUCAAAAUUUCAAAAAAUCGUUCGAGUAGAUAAAGCGUGGAGAAGUAACAAACAAACUUAUUUUCGCAUUUAUAAUAUUAGUAAGGAUAUUUUCUAUAAUGAUUAUACUUUGGUGCAGAGUCCAUUGGGACCCGGUCCUUAGAGGCAUUGAUGUGACCGAAACCAUGGAACAUCAAAGAGGUCUUUUUGUAGACGAUUCACUUAUUCAAAUAUCUAUUAUUAUUUAAAAAAAUCAAAUAUCUAUUAUUAAUAAAAAAUUCAAAUAUCUAUUAUUAAUAAAAAAAUCAAAUAUAUAUUAUUAAUACAAAAUUCAAAUAUCUAUUAUUAAUAAAAAAAUCAAAUAUAUAUUAUUAAUAAAAAAAUCAAAUAUCUAUUAUUAAUAAAAAAAUCAAAUAUCUAUUAUUAAUAAAAAAAUCAAAUAUCUAUUAUUAAUCAAAAAUUUAAAUAUCUAUUAUUAAUAAAAAAUUCAAAUAUCUAUUAUUAAUAAAAACGUUAAUAUUAAGACAAUAUCGGAAUCGUUAUUCUUUGUGUUGUCUCGUUCUUUCAAUGUCAAAUACUGAAAAGAGAGAGAGAGGGACAACAAGAAAAACUACUUCAAGCCUAAUCAGAGAACUAAAUUUUUAUUAAUAAAGCGGUAGUAUACCAUUGUUACACACUAUCCGGCAGUUAUCCACAUCUGCCAAUCUAAUCCAAGAAGGGAUUUACGUGGUUUGAGCUAUGGGGAUUCGAUGUUAGCUGAAUUUAUGGGUUAUGGAAUCUAUUUUAUCGAGUGUUUUAGUCAGCAUUUGUGUUAGACUUCAUUCAAGUCGCCUAAAGGCAUCUGACAUGACUUUUACGACUACCAAUCGCCAUGAUACAUAUAAGAUGGAAUGAUUACGAACAUCUACCUCAGAAUUAAUCCUUAUAAUUAUUGUUAUUAUAUAUAUUUUUAUUAUUCGGACAGAACUUGCCAUUAAAUGAAUUGAAAUGUUAAACCUCACAUCAGCUAUAUCUUCCAUUUAGUGAGAAUAGAUUGUAGGUAUGUGUAGCUUGAUUUAUUUUAUAUAUUCAACAAAAAACGAAAAACGUAUAGUAUAUAUUUUCGUAUUUAUAAAAAAAAUGCAAAAUAACUGAUAGGAAAAUCAUGUGUUACGAUAAGUUUUACUAACGACAUUAAAUUGUUUGUGUAAUUAAUUUUUAGUUUUGCCAAAAGUAUGUUUAAUAUUUUAUUAGUUCCAAUGUGUCAUAUGUAUUGUGUUUUAGUAUAGAUUUAUGUUAUGUGUUCCACGAGAAAAGGUACUUUAUGUAAGGCAGUCGUUUACGACGUAUUAUGCGUAUCACUACUCUCUCAUAAUCGCGGUUGCAUUCGGAGCUGUGACGCCCCAAACGACGCGCCUAGGGUUAGCAUAAAAAAGUUGCCAUGAAAUUUUGAUGAUUUGGCUAUGAUAUUACAACCGAUCGCUCGUCUGACGUCAACCAUCUAUGGGAAUGCUAUCGUUGCCUAUCAGCUGUUAAGGCUUUGUGUCCCUUAGUCGCCUCGUACGACAUCCACGUGUUCUGUUUCUGAUCUUUCUUCUUUUACACCACACAACGGAUAUUGAUGCGCUUGUGCACUGUUAUUUAGACAAUUUAUUAUCGAUGGUUUAUACACACAAAACAGUCUAUUAAUCCGUGCGAGGUCGCUAGUCUAUAAUAAAAAUGGUCAAAUGAAACGUAUAAGUGACUUUCUACUUCCCUCCAUAAGGUACCUUUUCUCGAGAAACGUCAUAUUUUAAUCAAAUAUUUCUGUAGCUGAUAAAUGCUAUCGAAGAAUUCAAGACGACAUGAAUUGAGAUAAAUAUUGUAGAUAAUAUUUCUUAUUAUGCCCUCUGCACACUAUCGGCGAAGAGUUCGCCAAUUGCGACAUACAUUGAUUGCAUUUUCCUUGUGGGAAAAAAAGCUUACAUACGAACCACGCAAUGUACGUUCUUUCGCGUCGACAUCUCAAUUCGCCGUUGGUGUGGAACCGGCGUUUGAUUUUUUUCAAGUGUCCAUUCGGCGAUGAUGCAUAAGACUUGUGUCAAUAAGAAGAAUUGUGAUAAAUAUAACUGUAAAGACAUUUUGUUUUCUGAAUUUAACCAAAGACAAUGCAAAAUGACGGGCGAGAUAUUAGAAGAAAUGAUAUAGGCGAAUUUCACCCAUUCGGCCGACGUCUAUACAGAUCAAAACUAUAGAUGGAUAGUUUUGAUCUGUAUAGACGUCGGCCGAAUGGGUGAAAUUCGUUAGACGAAUGAACUAAUGAUACUGUUAUUUGUUACGAUUUUACCUAAGUUAAAGCCGGGACGGGCGGUUAGUCUUCUUAAAUAUUUAAUAGUAAUGCGUUUGAUCGGGCGUUUUAUUUAUUUAUUUAUUUAAGAUACACAUAACAAAUUGUCACUAAAAUUACACAACUUAUAUAACACUUAUCAGUAAAGCUAGGCAACAACUCAACACAUGUGUAUACAGCUAAUUUAAAUUUAAAAACUAUUUUCAUCAUCAUCGUCACCUGCAGCCCUCCGUGACCCACUGCUGGGCACAGGCCUCCUUCCGUCUCCGCCAACCAUCUCUGUCCUGGGCCAUCCCCAUCCAGUUGUUGCCAGGAAUAAAAAUAAUUGUUGUAAUAAAAACGAUUUUGCUAAGCGGCAAUUAUUAGAGCUUAAUAGUAUCAAGCUACCAAAUACUUCGUCCUUUCACCCUUUCGCCCCUCUAUUUCAACUAUCCCUUCUGAACUAAUGGCUCUAUAGCUAAUAUACGAAAGUUUGGACGACUUAAUAUUAGAGGACCAUUCUCAAGACGAGUUCUAUCUUUUUUCCUCAACAUCAUCAUCUCAGUCACAAGAAGUCCACUUUUACAAACACCGUUUUAUAUAUUUCCGCUGUCGAAGUCGUGGAAUUAGUAGCCUCGAAUGUUAAAAGAAAUUUUCUGGAAAAGGCACGAGUCCGUACGAAGGCAGUGAAGUGUAUUUUUGUGAGUUGGUGUUUUAGAUUAGUCUUGCCAUAUAGUCGCAUAAUUUCUGUUGUAAUUGGUUCUGUUGUAAGUAUCAAAUUUCAUUAGACACACUCGCCACAACUCGCGAGUGAAGGAAUAGUCAGUCGAAAGCCUCAGAUAACCAUUUUGUUUCCCUACGAACUUAUUGACAAAUCCUACAUACCUUUUUACAUACCUACAUACAUAUAUGGCAAUAUGAAAAAAAAUAGUUAGAUUCGAUACAAUAUGGAAAUCAAAUUUUGUGGAUUUUGUGAUAAAUCAAAAUUUGUAGUCACAAUACUACAAAAAAGGGACACACAAAGAUAAAGUGAGUCUCUUUCAAUAAUUUUUCGUCUCCUGUCCAUGGUUAUUCUAAAAUAGUGUUUAGUACCUUUUAAUUUGAGUUUAUUAUUGUUUGUCAGGUAAUCUAUCCAGUUGUACAAAGUACUUUUAAAUCCAUGGUCGAAGUCAAAUUCAGAAAACGUUAUGCUCAUGUUUGUUGUAAAUAGAUCAUUGCUGGGGCGGUUCGAUCGUCGCGGUCUCGAUGUCGUUACAAUAUUAUGUCAUUACAAAUUUUAACAAAUACAAUAAUUAGUUUCUUAUCCGACUUUAAAAUAAUUAUAAUUAGCACUGGUAAUGUCAAUUUUAGAUUUUGGAAACGAUUCCAUCUCAAGUGAAUUGACGGAUCGUAAUGACAGCGCAGGGCCGCUGCGGUCGGAACGCUCUGCGAACCGCCCAAAAUAAGUGUUAGGAUUACCUUGAAUAUUGAGUUGAACUUUGUAUUUGUCGAUAUGAGGUGUGGCGCCAUUGUAAUAGUUUUAUCUUAAUCAAACGUUACGACGUAAAAGAUAAGUUUUUACGAUAACAACCAUGAAGAUGUAGGUUUUAUAUUAUAUAUAGGACUGUGAGGUACGAACUAUAUAAAAAUUUAUAUAGUUCGUACCUCACAGUCCUAUUGUCUGAAAGAAUCGAUUAUCGAUACAUUUUCUUAACCAAGCGACAAUAAUAUCAAUAUUAUUGACUCGUUUUGUAAUGUCGAUAUUAUUUGAUACUAUUGCUUUCUUACAAAUCGAUAGUUAACUAUAAUUCGACGACACUAUAAGACCAUGAAAUGGCCUAUAUCUUUAGACAGCAAUUAUAUUCAGAGUAUUUAACGCUUAUAAAGUGAGAUAUGAUCUAAGACGGGCUACUCACACACUUGCCGCUAGGGCAAUCUAGGGUCUAAAGAAGGAAACGCACGUAUUUAAUAGAAAAGGAAGGUCGUUCACACAUCUCUUUCUUUUAAAUAUCUGCAUCCCUUUCUGUAGUCCCUUAAAUCGAAGCGUGUGUAGCCGGUCUAAGGAUAGAUUAGACUGAUGAGAUUGUUAACGCCUAUAUAGUUUUAUUUUUAUAUGAUAACGUACAGAAUUUCCAGAAAAUAUACACAGGUUGUUUUAUAGUAUAGUCAGUGACAGAUAAAUCUGACCCCCUUAUGGUAGUUAGGUGGAUGUUUAGAUUUAUAUAAGGUUGUACAUCCACAACAUUUAUGCAAAUAUACAAUCGUUAUGUGUAAUGAUUUUGUAUUGUCACUUUAGGCACUACUUUCCCUUUUGAGUCCGAAUGGUGUUAUUUGUAUAAUAGGGUCUCUCAUGUGAACCUUUUCCCGGUUUCUUCCUCGGCCACGGAGCUUUGGAGCCCAAGAACCGCAUAUUUCAUAUUUUCUCUCUUCCACUUCACAUGGUCUUCGGCAUCUUUACUGUCAGAUCAUUAGCACUCAUGUUUGUAGGUACCUAUAUCAUCAGCCUGUGGUGACCAACCAUCUCGUACUUGAGGGCUGGUAUUGUCUAGGUGUUCACAAUAUAUAUCUAUAGUCUAGACAAAUAGCUCUGAAAUUCUGUUUAUAAUAUUGUUUUAAAAUUAGAGUAAAAUUCGAAAUUUAAGUUUUUCAUAAAUGUAUAAAAUUUAUGGUGUGAUUGUUAAGACUGCUUUGGUUAUGAUUUAUUGAUUUUGGAACGCACUGAAAUUGAAAUGAUUUUUUUUGUAGCUUUAAAAUUUAUAGAUAAUCAACUGCCUGUGUCAAUUUGACUCGCACAAUUUGUAAUAUUAAUUAUGAUUAAAUGUGAAUUAUUAAAUCA